UCAAAUGUGUGAUUUUAGAAAAUUGUUUAUAAUUAAAAUUUAAAAACUAAAAACUUUUACACUGAUUUUUAAAACUAGUAAUAAAUUUAAGUGAAAAGUGAUUCAAGCUAAACAUGUCGCAUUUAAGUAGAGUAGUAAUUUUGUUAGAUAUGGAUUGUUUUUACUGUCAAGUUGAAGAAAAACUUAAUCCAGCACUGGAAGGAAAACCUAUUGCUGUUGUUCAAUAUAAUCAAUGGCGAGGUGGAGGAAUAAUUGCAGUAAAUUAUCCAGCUAGGGACAGAGGGGUCACACGACACAUGAGAGGACAAGAGGCACAAAAAAAAUGUCCAGAAAUCAUUUUAGCCAAAGUUCCACAAGUUAGGGGCAAAGCUGAUAUUUCAAAGUAUCGAGAUGCUGGUAAACGAGUUGCUGAUGUUCUACAAACUUUCGAAGCUCUUCUCGAAAGAGCUUCAGUGGACGAAGCAUAUUUAGACGUAACCGAAUCUGUUUUAAAGAAAAUUCAAAAUGGAAUAGAUGAUUUAACAAUUGAUAAGUUGAAAAAUACUUUUGUUGUUGGUUGUGAUACGAAGGAUUUUUUACAUAAUUUACAAAAUAGCACAGAAUUUUCAGAGAGUAAUCUAAAAUUGUGUUUGGGUGGCGUUAUAGCAGAAGAAAUACGAGCAGAAGUUUUGAAACAGACAGGUUAUAAAUGUUCAGCGGGAAUUGCUCACAACAAAAUCCUAGCCAAACUAGCAUGUGGUUUGCACAAACCGAAUAAACAAACUAUUUUGCCUCAUGAUGCUGUUCCGGAUUACUUUAAAACUGUACCUAUAAACAAGUUAACGGGUUUGGGUGGUAAAUUUGGAGAUGAGGUCAUAAACGAGCUAGGAAUUUCAAAAAUGGCAGAAUUGGCGUCUUUUAGUGAAAAGCAACUUGUAGACAAAUUUGGAAUGAAAAGUGGGUCUUGGCUCUAUUCGCUGGCGAGAGGAAUCGAUAUGGAGCCAGUGGUAUCAAAAUUAAUUUCAAAAUCUAUCGGAUGCUGUAAACGAUUUCCUGGAAGAACCAGCUUAGUAACUCACUCAGCCAUUCAACACUGGACAAAUGAACUAGCAACAGAAAUAUCAGAACGUCUAGAAAAAGAUCAGGAAGAAAACAACAGAAAAGCCAAACAAAUGAUUGUGAGUUUUGCACAAGAAGUUAAUAAAAGAGAUGUUAGCAGUUCUAGAACGCAUCCUCUGAAGUCUUAUGAACAAUCAAGAAUAGCGCAGGAUUCUCUUGAGGUGAUUAAAAAACAUUGUCAACGUCCAGACGGAUCAUAUAAUGUCACGUUUCUUGGAGUGAGCGUUAGUAAUUUUCAAGAUAUGAAGAAAUCUGGAUUAGAUAUCACAUCAUUUUUUAAGAAAUCCACGAAUACAAGUAUAGCCCCCGUAAAAAUGGAAGAAAAGUCACCAAAUAAUCAAACUAAUGAAAAUUCAUCAGAAAUUCCUUUACCUGAAACUGACGUAGACAGCAUUACCGAUUUUAAUGAAGAUGUGGAAAAUGUUUCGAUUUAUUCUGCUUCGACGGAAGAUUUAGAAGAAGAUCCAAAAUCAUAUAUUUAUUUUGAAGAUAUCUACCCGGAAUUUGUUUCAAGUCAGCCUUUAGCGAACUAUUGUGAACAAAAUAAUGUCCCAACUGAAGUUUCAGAAGUAGUGGAUCAAACGAAAGAAUUGGAAGAAAGCAGGAUGAAAUCUUCGAAAUCGUUUUUUAGCAAAUAUUUCGAGAGUCCUUCAAAAGAAGAAACAGUAGAUAGGGAAAAGUUGAAUAUUAGCAAUGAAAGUAUGGAUUAUUGUUGUGAUUCAGUUUCUAGGAAGAACCAAAAUAUAAUUGAAGAAUCGAUUGAAAUACUUGAGCAGUCCACGGCUACUCAGCCAAAUACAAUAUCAGUGGAAUAUCAACAAAAUCAAAGUUUGAAGAGAAAAUCUUCAGAACUGACUAUUUCGGAAUAUUUCGGAAAAUCUGAAGAACCAGAUGAAAAUUAUUGCAUAGAAUGUAAGAAGAAUAUUCCGCUUAAAGAUUUUCUCGAUCAUGGUGACUAUCAUGUUGCCAAAAGACUGCAAGAAGAACUGAAUAAACCUAGCAGUACAAACAAUACGUCAGCCAAAAAUUCUAUCAUUAAAGUUAAAGGUAAAAAACCGGUUAACGGAAACAUCACCAAAUUUUUUAAGAGGUUAUAGAUUCUCUUUUUUAAUAGUAAAAUUCUGUGUAUUGGGGUAUAAAAAUGUUUUGUCUAAUUGAUAAGAUCAAAAUUUUGAAGAAAAAACUCAUUCUGUAACAUGCCAUUUCUUCUGCAUACACAGUAAAAUUACCUGAAGACUGUGAUAAGGUGAUGCAGAUAUAAAACAUAUAUUUUGUUUUAUUGUUUUUAAAGUAUUAUACUAUGUGUCCUGAGCAACAUGUGCUUUUAUUAAAAGUUGUUGAAUAUUUAUAUUUUUUAAAUAAAUCGUAAUGAAAACGGUA